AUGUUACAAAACAUGGAACUUAACUUUUCAUCUCAAGUAGAGAACUUGCAGCUCCAAAUAGGGGAUCUGGAGAAAGAGCUGGGAGUGUUAAUGGAAAAAUUUAAUGCUGAUGAAACAAUGCAAGAGUCAUCAUUACAGGAUCUCUCAGGCUUGACUGAACUAUACAACAAGAUACAAACAUUACAAAUUGAGAUGGACAAUGUGACCACCACAACAACACAGCUUAUGGAUGACCGUGAAGAACGACAAAUGCACAUUAACGCAUUGCUGGAGCAAAUAGAGCUUCUAAAGACAGUGAAAGCAGACAAAGAAGAUCUGGAAGAUGCACUUGCUGAGAAGGCAGAUCAUGCUGCUGUGAACAGGAAGGUUUCACAUGAUCAGUUUGAUGCUGCGUGUAAUGAUCUUGCAAGUGGACUUGAAGAUGCACUUUUUAAACUAAAUGAGCAGAAAAAAUUGUGGGAGGAAGCUUUGAAUGAUGUGCAACAUGAAAUAGAGAAUAAACUUGACAGAACUGAAAUUUCAUCUCUUGUUGACUUUGUGAAUUCAAAACUGAAGAACCUUCAUGAAAGACUACAAGCUUUGGCAGCAAUUCGAAAAGAUAUUGAAGCUGCAGGCAUCAAGAGGAAAAUCCUCAGGGAUGUGAAAUGCAUAUCAUGCGAUAAAGAUGUAGUGAUGAAAAUAGAUAAUGAACCACCCUCAUCUCCAACUAAGGGGGCUAUGCCACCUUCAAGAAGUGUUCGUCCAUAUCUUACAUACGAACUUGAUAUGGUACGAAAGCAACAAAGGAGACAGCCACACAUCUGCAACCGCUACUGCGGAGGCAGCCACACGGUGACGACGGCCCAGCAGCGCGUGUCUCGGGUGGGUCACUUCCUGGAGCAGUGGGGGCCUGAGGCGAUCCAGCUGCUGGAGGGUGGCGUCAAAGGCACGGACGGCCGCAUGUACAAGGCGCGCGGCAAGGUGGGCUCCCCGCUGGCCAGCCCGAGGAUGGUGUCGGUCACGACGUCGCCCAUGAAGUUCCCCGAGGAGGGACUGCAGCUGCCUGUCGGGGACGCAGCCGCCGCCGCCCACGCCUCUCUGGAGGAGAUAGUACUGCAGGCGGUGACGCUCGAGGCCGAGGCGGUGGCGGUGGCGGGGGCGGAGGCGAAGCAGGUGGCGGCAGCCCCAGCGCAGGAGGUGCCGGAGGCUGCGCACGAGAUGGGAGAUGACACCUCUGGUACGCAAAUGGCACAAGAGAUGGUACACGAACUGAUUCGCGGAGGGUAUCCAUCAGUGGUAAUGGAAGAAGAAGAGUCCGCAGCUGAAGCGGCUCCUACGGAAGAAAGUGCACCGUCUGAAGAAGUAGCGCCGUCAGAGGGAGAAGCAGCAGGUACAGAGGAGCCUGAGGCCGCAGAAGAACCCCCGGCAGGGGAAGAACCUCCGGCCACAGAAGAAGAAUCUUCGCCUGCAGAAGAACCUGCACCAGCUGAGCCUGAAGGCGAAGCUGCACCUGCGGAGGAGUCUUAA